AUGGACCGGCACAAAGUGAAGCGGCAGCGGCUGGACCGGAUCUGCGAAGGCAUACGGCCUCCUAUUGUGAAUGGCCCAAUGCCAUCACGGCCACUGGUUGCACUCCUGGAUGGACGAGAUUGCACUGUGGAGAUGCCCAUCUUGAAGGAUGUUGCUACAGUGGCAUUUUGUGACGCUCAGUCAACUCAGGAAAUCCAUGAAAAGGUGCUGAAUGAGGCAGUAGGAGCUCUGAUGUAUCACACCAUUACCCUUUCUCGUCAGGAUCUGGAGAAAUUCAAAGCCCUCAGGGUCAUUGUGCGUAUCGGCAGUGGCUAUGACAAUGUUGACAUCAAAUCUGCUGCAGAGUUAGGCAUUGCAGUUUGCAACAUCCCCUCCUCCUCAGUAGAGGAGACUGCUGACUCCACCCUCUGCCACAUCUUGAACCUCUAUCGCCGUGUUACUUGGCUGCAUCAGGCCAUGCGGGAAGGGAACCGAGCUGCCAGUGUAGAGCAGAUUCGAGAGGUGGCUGGAGGCGCUGUGCGUAUCCGUGGGGAGACUUUGGGCAUCAUUGGACUAGGCCGAGUUGGACAGGCAGUGGCUCUGCGAGCCAAGUCCUUUGGCUUCAACGUGAUUUUCUAUGACCCCUAUCUGCCGGAUGGAGUGGAGCGAUCCUUGGGUUUACAACGAGUAGGAACCCUGCAGGAUCUACUAAUGCACAGCGAUUGCAUCACAUUGCACUGCAGCCUGAAUGAACAUAACCAUCACCUCAUCAAUGACUUCACUAUUAAACAGAUGCGCCAGGGCUGCUUCUUAGUGAACACAGCCCGGGGAGGACUGGUAGAUGAGAAAGCCUUAGCACAAGCCUUGAAAGAGGGGAGAAUCAGAGGAACAGCAUUGGAUGUGCACGAGUCUGAGCCUUUCAGCUUUGCUCAGGGACCCUUAAAAGAUGCACCCAAUGUGAUUUGCACCCCUCACACUGCCUGGUAUAGUGAACAGGCUUCCAUUGAAUCCAGAGAAGAUGCAGCUAAGGAGAUCCGCAGAGCUAUUACAGGUCACAUACCUGAUGCUUUGAGGAACUGUGUUAAUAAGGAGUACUUGCUGUUAGCAGCUCAGUGGUCCAGUAUUGAUCCUGCAACUGUCCACCCAGAACUCAAUGGAGCUGCAGCUUACAGGUUUCCUCCAGGAGUAGUGGGAGUAGCCACCCCUGGGCUACCAGAACCACCAGUAGUGGAGGGGAUUGUAGCUCAUGGGAUCCCUCCUGUUUCUCACUCUGCACCACGUACCCCUUCCCCAGGAGAGACAAGCAAACUGGAUGCAGACAGAGAGAUUCCCGCUGACCAAUAGCAGCAUCUUUCUCCUCUCCUCUGGCAGCAGAAAAAAAGUAGGAGGAUAUGUCCUCCUAGGACCUGCUUUAACACCCUACAGAGACUGUUUCCCAUUCCUUUAGGAUGGGAGAAUGCAUUUCAUGACCGGCAAACUUUAGCUCUUGCCUUUCUUUUGUAACCCUUUAGUUUUAAUCUGUCAACUCUUUCUCCUUCUCUGGGGCAGGGCAGCAGCGAGCUUGCCUCCCUUUGAAAAUACUUGGUUUAACAAAUGAGUUUUCCCAUUUUUCUGCCUUGGUCGUCUGUGACAGGGAACUGUCUUGUGCACUGGAAAAGAGCAGUGGAGCUGCCUGAUCAGGGAUGGCCCUUGGAGUUCCUAAGGCCAGACUUCAAUGCACACUUCAUAUGUGACUUAUAGUUCAAUUUGGCCGAACCUCUCUUCUAAGUGUAGCUGUGGCAAAUAACAGAAAAAUAUUGGAGAAGUUGUGACUGUUGCCUUUAUGCUCUUGGUAGGAUACAGCCUAGGCUCAGCAAUGUGUCUUACUUGGUUUGUUUCACUCAAGGUUUCCUCUGAGAACAGACAGAGUGCAGGCAUUGCUAGUCCUUGACAAUGCAAAGUUUUGUCUGUGCAGUACUAGGCCUGAAGUUCAAAGUAACAGUCUCAACGCCACCCUUGUCAGUAAUUCGGAAGGGACUGAAAUGUCAUCCAAUGUGUUCUGGUGGCCAUUAUUCUUGUGAGGCUUCAUAAGAGUUCACCCUGGAGUUUGUGUAACUCGGAGAAGGCAGGAGAAUGGAGAAAUGGGGAAAGACUUGCACUGGGAGACAGCAGGUAGCAAUAAUUCACAGCCUCAGUUGCUGGUUGCUCACACACAUACCUUGCAGGAUGAUGACAGUGUUUAUUCACAAGGUAUUGAUCAUGUUUGAAAUCUUAAGUUUUAUGCUACAGGUUUUUAUUACUGUUUUUGGCAUAACUGUAUCAACUACAAGUACCAUACCACUUGUCUCUGUGCUGAUGAAGAAAGCAGCUUUUAACAGUUGACCAAAUGACCAUAGCCCUGCUAACAUGCUGCAUCUCCAAUAGUGGGCAGGGCAUGGCUGUUUUUUCACGAGUAAGUUUUGUGAUACUAAAGAAGAAAGAACACUCCUAGCUUGUCACUCAAAGCCAUGGCAAGGAUGUUUCUCUCAAGUCUUUCUCCAUUUCACAAAUGACAGAAUAUGAAUCACGUCUUUGAGGGGUAUGGAGUCACAAGUAAAACAGGUUCCAUAGGAGAACAUUUUCUUCAAUUCCAAAUCUUCCUUUAGUUUAAUCUUGUUACACUUCAGUUGCAGCCUUUCUGUGCACAAAAUGUAACAGUUCGUGAUCGAUUUGUUCAUGUGGUGUGGCUAUAUUAAAGUAGGUGCUAUAUGAGAGGCAUACCCUGUGUGUGGGUUUGUCUGCCUCCCUUGAUUCUUCCCUCUGUUGUGUGUCUGUGACUGGAAGUUGAACAGCUGAGAACAGGGUGGAAGUACCUUGAGGUGUAGACAAAAACCUCUGUUUAGGCUGUUUACAGUUUGGGAAGCUGAGGAAAUCUUCCAGAGUCACUAAAUUUUCAGAUUUUUUUCCUGGGUUUAAAUUUUUCUCUAGUACUGCCUUCAUAUUGGCUUACUACUGAUGCA